UGUAGGGUUGCGGCACAGCGGCCCUGGGAUGUGGGAGAGCUUCCUGGGUCCUCAGCUGGUACCACAGUGUGUGUCUGAGUGCAGAGUCCCAGCACAGGCCGCCAAGCUCGGAGCCAGCUCCCUCAUCGGAUUGCUGCCAACGUCCUCUGCAGGCCUCAGUUUUCCCAUCUGGGUGGGUUUGUGAAGCGUGCUGGAAUGGCGUGUGUGCCACUCGAAGGCGCCUGGCGCAUCGUAAAUUGGUGGCUGUGAUGGUUAUUUUUACACCUGGAGGCUGGCAUCCUGGACAAAUCCCCAAAAUAGGUUCCUUGUGAGGACUUCGCCUGAGACUUCAGCAGAGGCAACUGGGUGGGUCGGAUGGAGGCUCUGUGCCCGCAAGUUCAGGGCAGAUUUGGGCUGGGGGACUGGAUGGCCUGGUGUCCUCUGGGAACCCUUGUCCCCCGGCAACCCUCGUCCUCCUGGAACCCUCAUCCCUCGGGAACCCUCAUCCUCUGGGAACCCUCUUGCCCUGGGAACCCUCGUCCUCUGCGCUUCACUGGGUCAAGGUUGCCAUCUGCCGAGGUCAUGGGCUGUGCACACGCCCAUGGCCAGCAAAGGGUUCAUUCAUGAAGUUGACCAUGAGCCCAGCUGUGGGGGUGGGGUGAGGCCCUUGACGGAAAUUAAGGAGUGGAGCCAAGAGGCCCUGGGGAUGGCCCUGCCCCAAGGGACCUGUGCUAAUUGUGCCUCACACUUAAUUAACUCUGCUUCCUGGGAAAGCACUGGCUGGGGAACCCACACGUGCUGUGGAAAGUGAAGGACGCUGUGAUUACUGCAGAACUAAUGACUGUCUUCGCAUCCCCGGAGCACAAGGGCCCCAGCGUGCUGCUCCCACGGACCUUGGCGUCCUGGCAGAAAGGCGGGGUUUCCCACGUGCUGCCCGGGAGACGGGGCUUGGUGACUGGGCCGCUCCCGCCUGCGCGUCAGCGAGUUCCCCAGCUCUUCUAUUCUGGGAUACCCGCCGUCGCUGGGGUCUCCGUCACAAGGGCCUCUGAGCAGCUGGCAGAGUGCGGCCUCGUCGUUUGCCUCGGAUUCAAGUUUGGUUUUAUUGGCAGGUGUAGCUUUUCCUCUUUCUUGCCUUUUUUUUGAUUUAAUUUUGAAAUGGUUAUAGAUCUAUAGGAAGGCAUCAAAACAGUACACAGGAGUGGCGAGGGGCGAAUUCCCACCUUUCCCUGAAAACGGAAGGCCGUGCUCCCUUCUCCCAGCUCCCCCGAACGGAAGGCCGUGCUCCUUCUCCCGGCUCCCCCGAACAGAAGGCCGUGCUCCUUCUCCCGGCUCCCCCGAACGGAAGGCCGUGCUCCCUUCUCCCGGCUCCCCCGAACGGAAGGCCGUGCUCCCUUCUCCCGGCUCCCCCGAACGGAAGGCCGUGCUCCCUUCUCCCGGCUCCCCCGAACGGAAGGCCGUGCUCCCUUCUCCCGGCUCCCCCGAACGGAAGGCCGUGCUCCCUUCUCCCGGCUCCCCCGAACGGAAGGCCGUGCUCCCUUCUCCCGGCUCCCCCGAAAGGAAGGCCGUGCUCCCUUCUCCCGGCUCCCCCGAACGGAAGGCCGUGCUCCCUUCUCCCGGCUCCCCCGAAAGGAAGGCCGUGCUCCCUUCUCCCGGCUCCCCCGAACGGAAGGCCGUGCUCCCUUCUCCCGGCUUCCCCAGGCACUGCCAUGCGCAGCUGGUGCAACGUCAACCAGGACGCCGACGUUUGUGCAGUCCACGGACGUUAUCCAGAUUUCACCAGUUCACAGGCACGUGUUUCUGUGUAUAUCUCUCUGUGUAUUCUAUGCUAUUUUUUCCAGUUUUUUAUGUGGUAAAACAGAGACAUGAAAUUUACCAUUUUAACCAUUUAAAAUGUCCAAUUCAGUGGCACAGCAUUGAAUAUAUUCAUAAUAUUGUACAACCGUCACCACCACCCAUCUCUAGAGCUCCUUUCAUCUUGCAAAACGGAGCCUCUGUCCCCUCUGUCCCCCGGCUAGAGUUUUAUUCACGCGCUCCCGUCCGCCCCUUCCCCACCGGCAGCCCCAUGGCACUCUGUCUCCGACGUAGGCCACUCCCCGUGGCUCAUGGGAGUGAGCUCUACCCUGCUGGUCUUUCUGAGGCUGAUGUCGCUCUGCGUGACAUCCUCCGGGUCGCUUGUGGUAUCAGAACCUCCUUCCUUCCGAGGCUGAAGAAUGAUCUGAGGUGCGAAGCGUGUGCUGUUGCUCCAGUCGCCUGCCGAUGGGCUGUUGUGACAGUCGGUGCAACUUCAUCACAGGGUAGAUGGUGUAACCACCAUGACGAUCAGGACUCAGACGUUGCAUCUCCACAAAGCUGUAAAUAAGAACGCCGCAGGUUGAUCUCACAGCUGGUGGAAUCUCAUAAUUAACGCCCGAGGCUGCGUACCCGUGGCCAAGCCCAGCGUCCUCCAAGCCUGACUCUCACUGUCCGGAACAUGAGGAUCCUGACCGAGUGGUGUCAGUCUCCCGGGAAUUUGCACUUUAUGGAAGGCAAAUGCGAGCUGUUGUCUAAAAGGGAGGAGGCAAGGUCAUUGCUCUCCAAUGCCCGCUGCUCUCCAAUGCGUUGCUUCACUGAUGCAGUCAGCCCCAACGCUGCCCAAAACGUAGCGUGACAGGGAGCAGUGGCCCUGCUGGACUCCAGCCAACCUUUAAAACCUCAACUCCAGGCUGGGCGCGGUGGCUCAUGCUUGUAAUUCCAGCACUUUGGGAGGCUGAGGCGGGUGGAUCACCUGAGGUCAGGAGUUUGAGACCAGCCUGACCAACAUGGUGAAACCCCGUCUCUAGUAAAAAUACAAAAUUAGCCGGGCGUGGUGGCGCGCCUGUAAUCCCAGCUACUCCGGAGGUUGAGGCAGGAGAAUUGCUUGAACCCGGGAGGCGGAGGUUGCUGUGAGCUGAGGUCGCGCCACUGCACUCCAGCCUGGGAAACAAGAGUGAAACUCCAUCUCAAAAAAAGAAGAAGAAGAAAAGAAACCCCACAACUCCAGUCUCAGGAGCCGCCGUUUCAUCGUAAGAUGUCACAGUGACCAUUUUCAGGAAGGCAGGGGGUAGCCAUGUGGCUCCAUGAGUCCCUCCACUCUGUGAUUCCCAGGAACAGUCCUGUGUCCGGACAGUGAGUGUCACAGAAGCGGCCCAUGGGGGAGGCCAGCAAGUGAGUCACAGAAAUGGGGGAAACACAAUUAAACCUUUCUUGCUUCCUUCUGGAACGGCCACUGUUGGAAAGUCUUUGUUAAAUCACUUUAUUAUGCAGAGUUGUGCUCUCUGACCCUCCCCCGAUGCAGGGCCAGUGGGGGAGACGCCAGCGUCAGAUGCCAGUGGGGGAAUGCCAGCGUCAGAUGCCAGCGAGGGCACCGCCUGUGACAGCGAGGCAUCCGCGGUGAUCUGGGCGCCUGGGGGUCACUGAGCUCCGUUUAUAAACCGGGCUUUCAAGUGCAUCUGUGACGUAUUCAGAAAAUAGCACAGCGCUGCAGGGGAUCACAGCAAACCCCUGGGUCUGCCAUCCGCCCAAGAGACACCUUCGUGUUUCCCCCUUGGAGCCUUCCAGUUGCACCGUGAAAUCUCACUGGGCUGGAAAUUCCAGCCUCCCGCUACAGCCUCUGGGAAUUUUGUGUUUGUGCAGCAGACAGUCCUCUUGGAAGGAUUUUCGGAGCAAACGAAGUCACCGUCCGUCGUCAAGCUUUCACAUCUCUCCAGGGUUGCAGGAGGAGAGGGCCGAGGCUGGGCUUCCUUCCUCAUGGCCUCUGCGUCCUGUCUCAUCUGCCCGCUGACUUCGUCUCCUCUCUGCGGCCGGCGUGGAACAGCCCUGCAUCCAAGACACCUCCGUCCUGGCUGCUCUCUGGGCCGCUGCCCGCUCAGCGGGGAACACAGCAGCCGGGCAAAGUGCACCUGGAGCUGCGGCUGAGCGAGGUCAUCACAGACACUGGGGUCGUCUGCCACAAGCUCGCCACACGCAUCGUCGAGUGCCAGGGCCUCCCCAUCGUGAAUGGGCAAUGUGACCCCUACGCCACCGUGACGCUGGCAGGACCCUUCAGAUCAGAAGCAAAGAAGACGAAAGUGAAGAGGAAGACCAACAACCCCCAGUUCGAUGAAGUGUUUUAUUUUGAGGUGACCCGGCCCUGUAGCUACAGCAAGAAGUCCCACUUUGACUUUGAGGAGGAAGACGUGGACAAGCUCGAAAUCAGAGUCGACCUCUGGAAUGCCAGUAACCUGAAGUUUGGAGAUGAAUUCCUGGGAGAACUAAGGAUCCCGUUGAAAGUCCUGCGGCAGUCCAGCUCCUACGAGGCGUGGUACUUCCUCCAGCCCCGGGACAAUGGUAGCAAGAGCCUAAAGCCAGACGACCUGGGCUCCCUGCGGCUGAACGUGGUAUACACGGAAGACCACGUGUUUUCUUCUGACUAUUACAGCCCUCUGCGGGACCUGCUGUUGAAGUCUGCGGAUGUGGAGCCCGUGUCAGCGUCUGCGGCCCACAUCCUGGGCGAGGUUUGCCGGGAGAAGCAGGAGGCGGCCGUCCCGCUGGUGCGGCUCUUCCUACACUAUGGCAGGGUGGUGCCCUUCAUCAGUGCCAUCGCCAGCGCGGAGGUGAAGCGUACCCAGGACCCCAACACCAUCUUCCGAGGAAACUCACUGGCGUCCAAGUGCAUCGACGAGACCAUGAAGCUGGCAGGGAUGCAUUACCUGCACGUCACCCUGAAGCCCGCCAUCGAGGAGAUAUGCCAGAGCCACAAACCCUGUGAAAUCGACCCUGUGAAGUUGAAAGACGGAGAAAACCUCGAAAACAACAUGGAGAACCUACGGCAGUAUGUGGACCGCGUCUUCCAUGCCAUCACCGAGUCUGGGGUGAGCUGCCCGACUGUCAUGUGUGACAUCUUCUUCUCGCUCCGGGAGGCGGCGGCCAAGCGCUUCCAGGAUGACCCGGACGUCAGGUACACUGCAGUGAGCAGCUUCAUCUUCCUGAGGUUCUUUGCGCCCGCCAUUCUCUCCCCCAACCUCUUCCAGCUCACGCCGCACCACACGGACCCCCAGACGUCCAGGACGCUGACAUUGAUCUCCAAGACCGUUCAGACCCUCGGCAGCCUGUCCAAGUCCAAAUCUGCGAGUUUUAAGGAGUCCUACAUGGCUACAUUUUAUGAAUUCUUCAAUGAGCAGAAAUAUGCUGAUGCGGUGAAGAAUUUCUUGGAUCUGAUUUCGUCCUCGGGGAGAAGAGACCCCAAGAGUGUUGAGCAGCCCAUCAUGCUUAAAGAAGGGUUCAUGAUCAAGAGGGCCCAAGGACGGAAGCGCUUUGGGAUGAAGAAUUUCAAGAAGAGAUGGUUUCGCUUGACCAACCAUGAAUUUACCUACCACAAAAGCAAAGGGGACCAGCCUCUCUACAGCAUUCCCAUCGAGAACAUCUUGGCAGUGGAGAAGCUGGAGGAGGAGUCUUUCAAAAUGAAAAACAUGUUCCAGGUCAUCCAGCCAGAGCGUGCGCUGUACAUCCAGGCCAACAACUGCGUGGAGGCCAAGGACUGGAUUGACAUUCUCACCAAAGUGAGCCAGUGCAACCAGAAGCGCCUCACCGUCUACCACCCGUCCGCCUACCUGAGCGGCCACUGGCUGUGCUGUAGGGCGCCAUCGGACUCGGCUCCGGGCUGCUCGCCCUGCACUGGCGGCCUCCCAGCCAACAUCCAGCUGGACAUUGAUGGGGACCGUGAGACGGAGCGUAUCUACUCCCUCUUCAACUUGUACAUGAGCAAGCUGGAGAAGAUGCAGGAGGCCUGUGGGAGCAAAUCUGUGUAUGACGGCCCGGAGCAGGAGGAGUAUUCGACGUUCGUCAUUGACGACCCCCAGGAGACCUACAAGACGCUAAAGCAAGUCAUCGCUGGGGUUGGGGCUUUGGAGCAGGAGCACGCCCAGUAUAAGAGGGACAAGUUCAAGAAGACGAAAUAUGGAAGCCAGGAGCACCCCAUCGGAGACAAGAGCUUCCAGAACUACAUCCGGCAGCAGUCCGAGACCUCCACUCAUUCCAUUUAAAGUCUGCGGGACGCGCCCAGUGGCGCCAGCAAGCUGCCCAUGCAAAGCCGCAGCCUUUGGGAGGGAGAAGAGAAGGAAGAGCGCAGAGCCAGCAAAGUGAGAUGCACGCCGUCCCGGCCCAUAGACAAGUGGCGCUGGGGUGUCCCUCUCCCAGAACCCCUGCCACCACCGCCACGCCCUCCGCAGAAAGCCCACCUGGCCUUGUGGAACGUGUCGCCAUUUGAUUCUGUGCUUUUUGCUCCUUGUUUGUGGGGAUCUGGGGAUCAGCUGAAGGAUCAGGAAGUGUGGGCUGUGCCCUAGCCACACCACAGCCAGCCUCAGGGAGCCACGGCCCGUCUAGUCGACUGUGACAUGCACCUCCGGCCGUGUGUGCGUCAGGCUCGUGCACGUCUGUCUUGCGUGCACGGUGCGUGUGACGCUGGGCUCUGUGGCUCUGUGCCCGGGAGGCCUGCUGGCCCCGCCUUGGCUUUCGGCUUCAUCACAUUGGGAGGUUCAGAGCAUUACUCUCCCACUGUGCCUGCCACCCAGGCGGCCAUGGGAGGCGGCCUCCCUGUUCCACUUUCCAGGUUCGUUUGAUUCCUGGCUGAGGGGUCAGUGUUAUGGCUGGGAGGUGCAGAACUACACAGAAAUCCCGGUCUGAGGAUGUCCCUGGUGCCUGGGGGAUGCGGGUUCUGUCCACGGAGUCCCUUGGAGGGAAAGGUGUGAGCUCCAGCUUCUCCAGGCGUCUGCGGAGCCCACAGUUGGAGCCUACAUCGUUUUGCUCUCGAAUGCGGUUUAAAAUCAGAAUUAACAUUUGCCACCCCCCGUGGAAGUUUGAAGAUUUUAAAAAUAGAAAUGUACAUUUUUCAAGCUGUUUUUCUUUAUGUUUUUGAAGGACCAUUUUUAAUUAGCUCUUUGAUACAAAGUAACUCAGAACGUCAAAACCUAUACCCACUAAAGGGAAGGCUGCCGGGAAGGCAAAUGGAACAGGAAUGGAGCCUGUCUCAGGAAGGCCAGCUGCAGGUCCUCCAGAAAAUCAAAGAAGGGAAGAAACUCUGAGUUUGAGGUACAGGGGCUUCGGGGUGCAGACGUCCCUCCAGGGCCCAUGGUCAGUAUUGCACCUGUGUUAUGAACCCCCAGAUGCUGUGCAGGGCAGGGGCGGGGGCUGCUGUUUUAUUGGGGAGGGGAGCAUCCUAAAAAUGGGGUCCAGGCAGACCCCUCCAGACCUCACACUGCCGAGGAGGCCUUUCCCAAAGGGCGUCCUCCCGGGGUGCAGACGGCAGGUGUGUGGGAAGCGCCGUUUAAAUACACAGCACGACGUAUCCUUGUACCGACUGCUCCCGGUUCUUGUUUGAAAAUACUGUAGUUCAGGCUCUUGAUCUAGAUGGCAGAUAGGAACUUUGUUGUCACAAAAAUACUGGAGGAAAAUGUUGUAAAAAUAGACUUUUGGACACACAGCUGUUGGGGCUGCACUGAGCUGCAAUUUUUAACAUGGAUUUAUAACUUAAUGUUUCUGUUUAUAAAAUACUAAUGAUUUGCAAUGUAUUUUACUGGCCAAUUAAAACAGAUGUUUUAUUCUU